UGGGCUUCUAAGGUUUGCCAAGUAUUGAUUCCACUCCUAAGGAAUGAGCGACCUGGCCAUUGCGUGUGUGGGUUAUAUAUCGGUACUUGGGUAACUUAUACCUAACAUGUAAUAGUGUUACCAUGGUUUCUAUCGUAAUGCAAUAUUCUAGUUGUUUCGACACCUAAAUCAAGUCUACUGUUUGGGAAAUUACCUUGGUCAACUUACCACCAUUGAGAUCGUUUACGAGGGGCUUGAUAGCAUCGUAGGGAGCUGUUAUUUAUCUAUGAUCGGGCUCUUCAGGUAAUGCCAUUCUGCUCUGCAGCUUUCAAUUAGAUGGACCCAUACCUAGGAGGCAUCGGACUACGUCGCGAACCACCAUCUCAGAAUACCGCUGAUGUCGGAAGACACCAGAGAUGGAGAAGCUUACGAUACGAGCCAUAUUCCAUGGACACGCGGCCUUCAUUCGGUCUAUGGUUGAAAAUAACUUGGUUGGAUAUCCUCACCAUGCUGAUUGUCGGCGCAAUAGCCCUUGGAUUAUACAGUCUUCCUCCUCCCGGAAUGCGGAUGUUCCCCCUCACCGUUAUAGAUGCACGCACCGGUGAUGACACCGGCGAGGUAGUCUACCCGCAAUUCGCAUAUCCAUAUCGACCUCAGAUUAUUUCUUCUUGGUUAGAUACCGUCCUGGCUAUCUUGAUUCCCCUUUUCUUUCUCGUCAUAGUCCAGAUUCGGGUGCAGAGUUUUUGGGAUCUGAAUAACUUCAUCAUGGGAUUCAUCUAUGCCCUCGAAACUUCGUCGGCCUUCCAAGUGAUGAUCAAAUGGCUUAUCGGUGGCCUGAGGCCAAGCUUUUACGACAUCUGCAAGCCAGAUCCUAGUCUCGCUACCAAUACCACCCUAAAUGCCGCCGGUUAUAGACAAUACAUGUAUACCUCGAAAGUCUGCUCGGGCAGCCAGGGUCGACCUCUAUGGAAUGCGAUGCAGAGUUUUCCGAGCGGCCACUCGACUACCAUUUGCGCCGCGGCUGUGUAUAUCUUCCUUUACCUAAACGCCAAGUUGAAAGUGUUCGCAAACUAUCACUCAUCGAUGUGGAAGCUUGUUCUGCUCUACUGUCCUAUCCUAGGGGCUGUUCUCGUUUGUGGAUCUUUAACCGUCGAUGAAUCUCACAAUUGGUAUGACAUCCUCGCAGGCGCCAUUAUCGGUAUCGUGUUUUCGUUUUCGGCAUAUCGCAUGGUGUAUGCCAGUAUUUGGGACUGGCGCGUCAAUCAUAUCCCCCUGAACCGCAGUUCUGCGUUCGUUCAGAACGGCGAAUGGGAAAGCUCAGAUCUGGUGUUUACCAACCGGGCGGGAUGGAGAGCGACGCGUCCGGAUGCCGAGAAAGAGACAUUGCCGGGACCGGCUACGAGAAAUGAGAAUAGGGGCAGUCUUUUUGGCGAGCAGUCUAACGGGAAUACUAGUAAUGGUUUUGCGGGACCUAGUGGUGGUGGGAAUGACCCAGGGUAACCUCAACUAGGUAUCUAUCAGGCAUUCCUAAGACUAGAUCGCUAAUCCGGCGUAGACCGUAUGCUGCAAUAAGAACCUAAGGGUAUUGGGUAGCUAACUAUUAGUUCAUCA